AUGUUCCUGCGUACAUACACAGCCCCGUCGACGUCACAGCUGCCGCGUCAGAUCUCUCCGCCGGCGGAGCACAAGGCGCUCGUUUAUCUCGUGGACAUGCCACAUGGACGCAUACCUCUGCCCUACACAAGCGUACACGAGAGCCGCCUCGCCCAAGUGCGGCAUCGGCAAGAGUUGCCCCGCCAGAAGCGCCGAGUGGCGUGGCAACGCGGGACGGGAGACCUGGCGUCACAUGCAGUCUCGUUGGGUAACAUUGGCUUCACUUUACGGUGGGAGGGGCCCCCGGGAGCGUUGGAGUAUGGCCUUGGCACCCGACACCGAGCACCACGAGUCCAGCGCGUCCAGCGUGUCCGGCUCGUGGGCGCACUGGCUCCUAUGGCUGUUUAA